GUUGAUUAUGACAUUAUUAAUUAGUAAUUACAUAUGUUUGAAAAUUCAAAUUAUAAACCUCUUCCAACAUAUAUGUUUCAUUUCACAUGAAACCACUAAUAAGAAAUUUCACUUUCACUAAUUUUUCAAGAAAAAAAAAUGUCAUAUUCAAGAAGAUAUUCCGGAGAAGAAUCGUGCAAGAGAAUCGUCCGAAGAAUCACGAGCCUCCCUCGGAACAUUCUAGAAGGAUGUUCGAGAAUGAUGAACCAAGGAGUCGACCUAAUUCGGUUCGGAGGAAGAACAAACCACCACAACCAUCACAUUCAUAAUCAACCACCAUUAAACUUUCCCUUUCAAAACCAUCCUAAUAAUAAUAAUAAUAAUUCGAAUUUCCACCCUCGAGAAGAAUGGUCGUCGUUUUCGACUAGUUUCGAGCGGGACUACGGUACAAUGCACCCAUUUUUCUACGCGUGUCGGUUUAAGGACGUAAUGAAGAUGGCUAGAGACGAGCGUAAGUUCGUGUUCAUGUACGUACAUUCGCCGGAACAUCCGUUCACUUCGGGUUUUUGUCGAGGGACGCUUUGUUCGGAGGUGGUUGUACAUUUUCUCGAUGCGAAUUUCGUUAGCUGGGGUGGGCUUUCGGGUGGCGGAGAGGGUUCGGAGAUGGCGGCUGCAUUAGGGGCUUGUACAUUCCCUUUUUGUGCUGUUGUUGCUCCAGCUAGUGGUGAUAGUAUAGCUGUGAUUCAACAGAUAGAAGGCCCGGUUUCUCCUGCCGAAUUAGUCGAAAUUCUGCAAAGAACAAUAGAAGAACAAGGAGUAGCAUUUGGGAGUGAUGACGUGGCUAAACACGAUGAAACGACAAGCGUUGAUAAUCAACGGUUGAGGGACGAACAAGAUGUUGCUUAUGUAACAUCUCUCCAUGUAGACCAGGAGAAAGAAACACUCAAGAAGAAGCCAAUUAAUGCAGAAGCUAAAGCUAACAAAGCUAAGCCAGCAAACAUUAGUGCACAAACUUCUCAGAAAGCAGCUGAAGCAACUCAGAUUUUGAUUCGAUUUCCGAACGGGGAGAGAAGGGAAUGUAGCUUCUUGUGCACGGACAAGAUCCGAGCGAUUUACGUGUACGUUGAUUCGUUAGGGCUUAUCGGAGUCGGAAAUUACAGGCUAAUAUCGAAUUUUCCGAGAAAAGUUUACGGUGAAGAUCGAAUGGGAACGAGUCUCAAAGAGUGUGGACUUCAUCCAAAAGCAAGCUUGUUUUUGGAGCUUCUUUAAUUAAUAUUAAUUAGUUAAUUAGUUCUUGAUUUUGUAUUAAAUCAAAAUGGAAAAGAUUUUUUGUUGAUUCCUUAGUAUAUGCUUAUGGUCAUAUUUAUUCUUGUAUAACAAUUUCUCACAAGGCUGAAAAUAAACUUGAAGUGAGGUUUGACUAA